AUGUCGCACGCCUUGAAGCCGCCUGACACCGACCACGAAUCCUUGACCGCUGAGGCUGGAGGAGAGCUCGAUGAUUUGAGGCGCCAGUUUUCGAGGACCCCCCGCCCGUAUUUGCUGUCCCACGAUGGAGUGGAGAAUCGCGAAGAUGACGAGCAUGCUCGAUAUGAGCGUCGUACCGGCUCUGGCGAUGUGCGAGAGGACUGGCAAAGACACAGCGGACAGUCCUCGAUAGCAGCAAGUGAGAGUGGGACAGAGGCCGAUGAUGAAAGACCAGACUUUAUAAAAGCACUGCCUCCAGCGCAAACCCGACCAAGGAAAGGUCUAAAAACCGGAGAACAGAAUGAGGAUGCGCUUCUCACGCCGAGUCAGCUGGAUGAGAAAGAGCAGAGUUACUUCCAACGACAGUCCACAGACAAGGACAGAAAAGCGUCAACACAAGAAGAGGAGGCUCGAAAGGAGCGUGAGGCAUUGAACAAGCGAAGAGUGGGCGAAUUCGUGAGGAGAUUGAGUGAGGUCGCGCUCAUGGGCGUCAUGUUGGCAUGUGUGCUCUGUGGGAAAGGAGUUGGAAGAACAGCUUGGAAUUGGAGGAGGGAGUUGCUCAGCCAUGUUGUGACAAUCGUCGCCCUGAUCGCAGCAUACCCGGUCAAGCUCUCAAUUGUCGACACCCAAGCAACACAUAGCAAGCUUUGGGAACGAUUUCGAGUACCUGCCUCCUUCGAUCCCGCUACUGUCCUCUAUCCACCUCUCCUACCGGUCAUGGUCGCCCUCUCUGUCGCCCCAAACAAUCCAGCUGUUGUGCUCCCCAACAUCAUCCUGGGCCUAUCCUCCCUACCGCAACGAUUGUUCCCUCGAUCAAGCCGACUGGGAGGCAUCAACGCCUUACACUGGCUGAUUGCAAUCGUUCCGCUUAUCGUAUCUGAGAACACCGCCUGGCCAAGCAAGAUCCGCCCACCUCAACCAUACCAAAUCAAGAUGCCCAAUGGGUUGUCUCCGGAGACACUGGUGUCUCUAUACCCCUUACAUCACGCUUUACUACAACCCCUACACUACCUCACAACAACAAGCCUGCUCAUGUCCGAACUGCAUCUUCUCUCUGCGGCUCUCACCAACUUACUACUCCUCGCAUCGUCGCCACAGACUACCAUUCUCAAGGCCUGUCUAUGGGUUGGUGGCGUUUCCCUCUUCGUCGCCUGCGGCCCCGUCCUUCACUGGAACGUCACUCUUGCGAGAGUACCAAGAUGGAAGUUGAGGAGACCGGGCCAUACUGCAGAGGAGCGUAAAUCGCUGGUCGAUGCCGUCUCUGAUGUCAUCAACUUGCAGCGAGCCGCGGGAGCAUUCACAACGAACACAGCAGCCGUCGACAGCGACGCAGACGAAGACGAACCACAGAAAUCGAUGAAGCACAGACCGAGCAAAUCUACCAGUGGUUGGCCUAGACUGGAUACGACUGGUCUCGUGAUGCCAUCUUUUAAUGUUAAUGUCUUUGAGCCGAAAUCAGCGAUCGAGCCUCGACAGCUGGCUCAUUCGGUUCUGCCUGAUCUCGUGGAUCCACCGCAACUACGAGCAAGGCGUAACACGGUGCCUGAAAGGGAGCCACCUCCUGCGGUUCCAGAACGACAGCCCAGCAACAAGCGGAAGAAUAAGCCUAUCCAUCACGUGCUGUGGUGCUUGCAGUUGACGCCAGAGCAAGCAACCCGGCGAAAGUGGAUCUACGCUGGCUUCACUUACCUGGCGAUUGUGACCAUAGGAUUGAUUCCCAUCAGAGGAUAUAUCGCCAGAAAAGCUCUCUACGGGCAAGAUCCUAUCGGCUGGGCAGUCAGCUACCUCUUCAGCCAAAUCCCCUUCAUCCGCUCAAUCAUCGAAGCACUUCACCUACAAUCAUGGAUCCCUUUACCACACGCCGGCACCUUCAACCGCCUCCCUCUAUCUCUACCACUCCACAUCGACGCAAUCCGCAACACCCUCGGCGCCGCAAAUGUUCGCCUCUUGCUCAUCGCCUAUUGGGUCCUUGUCCUCCUCGUCGGCCUCCUCGCUGUCUUCAGUCUCACGGCUUUUGUCGAAGUCGACACCCGCCGCAAAGUCUUUCACGGCGUCAUGGUCGCCAUGCUCCUCCCCGCCACCUUCGUCGACCCCUGCUACUGCGCUCUCGCCCUCUCCCUAGUCCUCGCCAUCUUCCUCCUCCUCGAAGCCAUCCGCGCAGGUCAAGUCCCUCCCCUCGGCAACGCAAUCGGCCGCUUCGUCGCCCCCUACGUCGAUGGUCGCGACUUGCGAGGCCCUGUCGUCGUCUCCCACAUCUUCCUCCUCAUCGGCUGCGCUGUCCCGCUAUGGUUCAGCCUCGCUUCCGUACCACGCACCACCGCUGCUUCAACACCUUGGCAAGAUUGGGACCUACAGAACAACAUCGUCGAAGUCCCCAUGAUCGCCGGCGUCAUCUGCGUCGGCAUGGGCGACGCCGCAGCAAGUCUCAUCGGACGCCGCUACGGACGACAUAAAUGGAUCUGGGUCGGCGGGAAGAGCAUCGAGGGUAGUGCCGCCUUCGCCGCCGCCGUCACUCUAGGCCUGCUCUUCGCAAAAGCAUGGCAAGUCCUCGGCGGGUGGAAUGACACAAAUAGAACUUCCUUGGCUGGGUUUUGGGAUAUCGACCACGGAAUUUUGACGAUCGGAGUUCGCUGGUUGGCGGUGUUGUUCAAAGCGGUCUUCUGCGCUUGUGGGGCGAGUUUCAUGGAGGCUGUCUUGACGGGCGCGAAUGACAAUGUGGUUGUCCCGGUGGCGUUGUGGUUGCUUGUUAAAGGGGUGAGGUUAUAG